ACCAAAGGUCCUUUAGCUUCCUUGCUCCUAGCAGCAUGUCGUCAGUGAAGGAUGCGGUGGGUGAGGUUGUGUUACCGGGGGACGUGCUCUUCCUCCCGGCCCCGGUUACGGACGCCCCGCUCUCUCUGUCCGCUGCCUCCUCAGCUACUAAGCGGAUGCGGGUGGUGUGUGGCCCGGGACUGACGCGCCAUGGAGAGGACCUGCAAGUGACCAAGUGCGGGCUCCUGAGACACCGGGAGCCGGCCGUGUACUGGGUGGACUCUCACCAGAAGCGGUAUGUCCCAGUGAAAGGGGACCACAUCAUCGGGAUUGUCACCAUAAAGUCUGGCGAUGUUUUCAAGGUCGAUGUCGCCGGCAGCGAUCAAGCGUCGUUAUCCUUUCUGGCCUUUGAAGGUGCAACUAAAAAGAACAGACCGAAUGUGAAGGUUGGCGAUCUGGUCUAUGGACAGUUCAUUGUUGCCAAUAAAGACAUGGAGCCAGAGUUGGCGUGUAUAGAUGGCUCUGGCAAAGCAAACGGGAUGGGAGUCAUUGGACAGGAUGGCUUCAUGUUUAAAGUUUCCCUGGGACUUGUGAGAAAGCUUUUAACCCCUCAGAAUGACAUAAUUCAGGAACUUAUGAAUGUUUUGCCAAUGGAGUUGGUCAUUGGUAUGAAUGGAAGAAUAUGGGUCAAGGCCAAAACCUUGCAACAGACUUUAAUUGUAGCUAAUAUACUGGAAGCUUGUGAAUACUUAACUGCUGCACAGAGGAAACAGGUCUUUGCAAAGUUCUCCAAUGUAUGAAAAUGAAUGCAACUGAAAUGCUAAAAUGGCUACUUGGAUGUGUUCUAAAUAUAUUAGUUUUUUUUAAAUUAAAAUAUUUUUGUCACA